GUGACCUUUAGUUUUUGACUGGUUUAGCUGUGUUGAGAAACCUUAGUGUCAACGAGGUCUUUUUGUGGUAAUGGACACUGGAAAUUCAUGUUCAUCGACAUACAAUGAGAAACCAGCGAUGCAAAGAAUCCACGCCCUGGCGUCGAUGGUUCCAGCCACCGCCAGGAAUUUGAUCCGUGCGGGACGGUUCCAUGCCUCCACAACCUCAGCAAUAUCUCAAGGUUACAAGCAAGCCAACAUUGUGAUAGUGAACAAGAAAUUUGCCAAUGACUUUGAGAAGUUCUGCUUGGCAAAUAGUGGACCAUUGCCCUUGCUGUACAGGAGCAAGCCUGGUGAAUGGGGAGCUCCACCUCUCAGCUCCAAUUCAGACAUAAGGACUGAUUGUCUACGAUACAGGAAGUAUGAGAAUGGAAUCUUCACUGGUUAUCUGCAGAACCUCAUGCAAUACACUGAGCAGCUAAAGGAUAUGGUCACCUUUUACGUGGGAUGCAGCUAUUCCUUUGAGAGUGCAGUGCUGGAGGCCGGCGUUCCAAUCCGGAAUGUUGAACAAGGGUGCAGCGUCAGCAUGUACAGGACAAACAUCCAGUGUGCCAGGGUCGGUGUCUUCCAGUGUAACAUGGUGGUCUCGAUGCGACCCAUUCCUGUUGACAAGCUUGACGUGGUUGUACAAGUGAGCCAUUGCAUGGUGGACUCCCAUGGUGCGCCCAUACACAUUGGCCAUCCAGGAUUGAUUGGAAUUGGCGAUUUGUCCGUGCCCGACUUCGGGGACGUGGUUGAAGCUCAUCCUGGGGAUGUCCCUGUCUUCUGGGCCUGUGGGGUCACUGGAGCAGAGGCUGUCAGCAGCUUAAAGUCUCCCCUGGCUUUCACCCAUGCUCCCGGCAGUAUGUUCCUCACAGACCUGAGAAGUGAGAGGCUGGUGACCGGUGAUGGCGUCAGCAGUCUCGAGACCCCUCAGGUUUUCUGCAUCUCUGAGAACCCGCCCCAUUACAGCGUGGCCUCGCUCUCCGCAGUGGAGAAGAUUAGGGCACUGGAGAGACUGAUUCAGGAAGACCCAGGUGACCGAGGGAUCAAGCAUUUGUUCAUCAAAGACCAGCUACUGAAAGCUUCCCUCUCAUUGUCUCAUGCAAAGUCUGUGCUCAUAACCACUGGAUUUCCAACCCACUUUAAUCAGCAACCCCCAGAGGAGACGGAUGGUCCUCCCGGAGCCAUUGCCAUGGCAGCCAUGCUGCAGGCCCAGAAGAAGGGCGUCGUCAUAGUAACAGAUCAAAGAGCCUUAGAGAUGAACAAGAAGGUCAUUGAAGAGGCUGUUGAGCAAGGAGUAAUGCAAGCCCCCGUGCCUGUUGUCAGCUACCAGGACGAUAGUGAUGAAUCACCCCUGAUGUUCCUGUGCCAUGAUGGCAACCCCCGGUUUCCAAGGUUUGACCAUCUUGUGGCCAUCGAGCGUGCAGGCAUGGCUGCCGAUGGCAACUACUACAAUAUGAGGAAAGUGAACAUCAAGCACUUGGUGGACCCCAUUGACAAACUGUUCUUGGCAGUCAAAAACAUCCCAGGGAUAGUCACAACCGAUGGAAAUAUCUUCUCCUUGGCAGGGAGAGAGGACCCACUGCCCAAACAGGGGGUUUUGGCAGCCAAACACACUGUGGAGAAUAAACAUGAAGUAAAUUAGUCUAUGAAGAUGGGGUAAUUACAGUAUAACCUUCCUCCAGUGGCUAUUUGUAUCUGAGAGGGCUUAAGGUCUUUGUCUGAGUUUGAGUUUAGAACUGUGCAGUCAGCAAACCCAAUUAUCAUUACAAGCUUUGAUCUCCUGCUCCAACAUCAGUUUCUGUGUCUUAGUGUCAAAGACAUUUGUUCUUCCUGCCACUGUCUGUAAAGAGUUUGUAUGUUUUCCCUGUGGUCAUUUGAGCUUCCUCCAGGUGCUCCAGUUUCCUUCCACAUUCCAAAGACAUAUGGGUUAGAGUUAGUAAGUUGUGGGAAUGCCAUGGCGACAUUUGUGGGCUGCGCCCAAUAUAUUUUUGGUCUGUGUUGGUCAUUCACUUUAUGCUUCAAUGUGCUUAUGAUAAAUAGGGCUACUCUUUAAUCUUUAAUAAAGCACCUUGGGACCCUUUACUGCUGAGGAGAGUUUAUAAAUGCUGAAGAAGGGUUGCGGCCUGAAACAUGAAUUGUUUAUUCCUCUCCAUAGAUGCUGCCUGACCUGCUGAGUUCAUCCAGCAUUUUGUGGGUGUUACUUUGGAUUUUUAGCAUCUGCAGAAUCUCUUGUGUUUAUAAAUGCAAGUUCCUAAAGCAUAAAAAACACAAAUUGGCCGAGAUCCCACCUCUAUGGGAUGUUUCUCAGAUUAGACCCACAUUACAGAUGGACUCCAUAUGAAAUCAUUUAGUGAUUUAGUCUCUUGAUCUUUACCUCUUCCUCCUUUAACAUGUUUCCGAAAAUCCCAUGAACUUUCCCAUAGCAUGCCAAUUCCGGCAAAUGGAUCCACCCUAUCAUUUUCUUCAGUUUUUCCAUUAUUUCUCAUGGAUAUUUUAAAUCUUAGUAAGAGUUCUUGAAGAUGUUUUCUAUUUCAGAAGGUCUCCUUCACAUUAAUAAUAGUAUUCAGCCUAAAAACUUAAGUAAAUGUUAGUUUCCCUAUAAUAGUUAUUUUCUAUACAAAUCUUUGUUUAUGCAUUGUUUUUCAUAAUUUCUUUUGCAUUUGUUUAUUUUCCUUUAAAUGCCUGCAAGAAAAUGAAACUCAAAGUAAUAUAUGGUAAGACCAUAAGAUAUAGGAGCAGAAUUAGGCCGUUCAGCCCAUUGAGUCUGCUCCGCCAUUCAAUCAUGGCUGAUCUUUUUUUCUCCUCCUCAACCCCAUUCCCCAGCCUCCUCCCUGUAACCUUUGUGUCCAAUCAAGAAUCUAUCAAUCUCUGCCUUAAAUACAACCAAUGACCUGGCAUAGAAGUGAUACGUGUCAGUUUCCAAAGCAACUCUCUUUAAGUGGCUUCUGGUGGUGAAACUAACAGUCUGAGUGAUGUCUGAUUACACUGGGGCUAGUUCCCAAUCAAAAUCUACUGAUGCAGGCUGUGUAAUGUAAACAGUGUUCCCUAAUUCAUUGAUCUUGUAUCUAAUUUACAUUAUGGCAACACAUGUUAUAUCAGACAACCUGCGAUUAUACAACCACCUUGCUGCACCGUUUAGAGCAAAUGCCUGCUUUCAUUUCUACUCUAUCCAAGGAACUGCGUGUACUAUUUCUCCAAGAAAUAUUGUAGUUUAAAAACUAUAGUAUAGUAUAAUAAAAAAAAUACAGUGCAAUUAAACUCUGUUGGAGUACGAAAACAGAAAAUGUUGAAAACACUCGUCAGAGGGAGGGAAGGAAACAAAAGAAGCUCAUGCCUUAUUACUUUCUGUGGAACUUAGCUGAUAAUUAACAAUAGGCGUCCGUCAUGAGACCAUGGAUUUGCAUCUUGGAAGGUUUCCCGGGUGCAGGCCUGGGCAAGGUUGUAUGGAAGACCGGCAGUUGCCCAUGCUGCAAGUCUCCCCUCUCCACGCCACCGAUGUUGUCCAAGGGAAGGGCAUUAGGACCCAUACAGAUUGGCACUGGUGUCGUCGCAGAGCAGUGUGUGGUUAAGUGCCUUGCUCAAGGACACACACGCUGCCUCAGCCAAGGCUCGAACUAGCGACCUUCAAAUCACCAAACGCCUUAACCACUUGGCCAUGUGCCAACUUUGCUGAAUGCCUUACUAAAGGCCAUAAACAUCACAUCCACCGCUCUACUUUCAUCAGUUUGUCUUGUCCCCUCCUAGAAAAUCUCAGUCAGGCUCGAGAGGCACAAACUUCCCCUCACAAAGCUAUACUGUUUUCAGUAAUAAGAAUAUGCUUCUGCAAAUAUUCAUAAUUCCUGUCUCUAAUCUUCUCCAUUAGUAUGUCUACCACUGACGUAAAACUCACUGAUCUAUACAAAUAAUCUCCUCUUGGACUUCCAACUGGGUAUGGGUAUCGAUUUGAAUUGACAAACUCUGCGAUCUUUAUCAGGGAUGAAGAUGCAACGAACCAGAAUUGAUUAGAGAGCUUAAGAUUAAAGAUUCCUGAGGGACAAGUGAUCAUAAUAUGAUCGAAUUCACCCUGAAAUUUGAGAAGGAGGAGCUAGAGUCAGAUGUAUCAGUACGUAAAGGGAAUUACAGAGGCAUGAAGAGGAGUUGGUCAGAAUUAAUUAACAGCAGAGCAGCAAUGGCUGGAAUUUCUGGAAGCAAUUCAUAAGGCACAGGAUAUAUACAUUCCCAAAAGGAAGAAGUACCCUAAAGGAGAGAUGGCAUGACCGUGGCUAACAGGAGAAGUCAAAGCCAACAUGAAAGCCAAUGAGAGGGCAUAUAAUAGAGCAAAAAUUCGUGGGAUGUUAGAGGAUUGGGGAGGUUUUAAAAACCAAAAGAAGGUAACUAAAAAGGGCAGUAAGAAGGUAAAGAUGGAAUACAAAAGUAAGCUAGGCAAUAAUAGUAAGAGGAUACCAAAAGUUUCUUCAGAUACAUAUAGUGUAAAAAAAGAGGUGAGGGUGGAUAUCGGACUGCUUGAAAACAAUGCUGGAGAGGUAGUAAUGGAGGACAAGAAAAUAGCAGAUGAAUUGAACAAGUAUUUUGCAUCAGUCGUCACUGUGGAAGACACUAGCAGUAUGGGGGCAGUUCCAGGCGUCAGGGGCAUGAAGUGUGUGAAGUUACCAUAACUAGAGAGAAGGUUCUUGGGAAACUGAAAGGUCUGAAGGUGCAUAGGUCAACUGAACCAGAUGUUGUACACCCCAGGGUUCUGAAAGAGGUAGCUGAAAAGAUUGCGGAGGCAUUAGUCAUGAUCUUUAAAGAAUCACUAGAUUCUGGAAUGGUUCUGGGAGACUUGAAAAUUGCAAAUGUUACUCCACUCUUCAAGAAGGGAGAGAGGCAGAAGAAAGGAAACUAUAAGCCAGUUAGUCUGACCUCAGUGGUGGGAAGAUGUUGGAGUCGAUGAUUAAGGAUGACAUCUCAAGGUACUUGGAGGCACAUGAUAAGAUAGGCCACAGUCAGCAUGGUUUCAUCAAGGGAAAAUCUUGUCUGCCAGAUCUGUUGGAAUUCUUUGCAAAAGUAACAAGCAGGAUAGACAAAAGAGAAUCAGUUGAUUUCUACUUGGAUUUUCGGAAGCCCUUUGACAAGGUACCUCACUUGAGGAUGCUUAACAAGGUACAAGCCCGUGGUAUUACAGGAAAGAUUCUGGCAUGGAUAAAGCAGUGGCUGAUUGGCCAGAAGCAAAGAGUGGGAAUAAAGGGAGCCUUUUCUGGUUGGCUGCCAGUGACUACUGGUAUCACACAGGGGUCUGUGUUGGGACUGACUCUUUUUACGUUAUAUGUCAAUGAUUUAGAUGAUGGAAUUGAUGGAAAGUUUGCAAAGGAUCUGAAGGUAGGUGGAUGGGCAGGUAGUUUUGAGGAAGUAGAGAGGCUACAGAAGGAAUUAGACAGAUUAUGAGAAUGGGCAAAGAAAUGGCAGAUGGAAUACAGUGUCUGGAAGUGUAUGGUCACGUACUUUUGUAGAAAAAAUGAAAGGGUUUACUACUUUCUAAAUGGAGAGAAAAUACAAAAAAACUGAAGUGCAAAGGGACUUGGGAGAUCUUGUGUAGGAUUCCCUAAAGGUUAACUUGCAGAUUGAGUCUGUAGUGAGGAAGGUAACUGCAAAGCUGGCAUUCAUUUCAAGAGGACUAGAAUAUAAAAGCAAAGAUGUAAUGUUGAAAGUUUACAUCCUUUAGAGGGGUGUCCUUUUCGAAUGGAGAUGAGAAGGAAUUUCUUUAGCCAGAGAGUGGUGAGUCUGUGGAAUUCUUUGCCACAGGCAGCUGUGGAGGGUAAGUUUUUAUGUUUAUUUAAGGCAGAGGUUGAUAGAUUCUUGACUGGUCAGGGCAUGAAGGGAUACGGGGAGAAGGCAGGAGAUUGGGCUGAGAGGAAGAUUGGAUCAGCCACGAUGUAAUGGCAGAACAGACUCACUGGGCCAGAUGGCCUAAUUCUGCUCUUAUAUCUUAUGGUCUUAUAUACGCAGGGAGAGAACUAGAUCCUUAUUCACUGAUAUAUAAUUACCAGGAUUAUCCCAAUUACCUUUCCUGAACAAAUAGAGCAACAUGUUCCAUCCUCCAAUUCUCCAGUGCGACUCCUUUGGGUAGUGAGAACUGUGACGAGAAACCAAGUUAUCAGAAGAUUGAUGCUGAUGAGAGAGAUAAGGGAGACAAUGGAGAAGCGUUCAAAAUGUUAAUAAGAGAGGAGAGAGAUUAACGAAAAAAGAUACAGUUCCGAGUAUUGACAGACCGGUUGCUUUGAACCUGAACUGUUUGAAGUUUGAUGGACAGGAGGUACCCCAGCAGGGGGAUAAAAAGAACAGGUUUGCUAAGGCAAGACACACACCACGAGAUCACGAGAUAACGAGACCCUGGAAAAGCGGUGUGCCCCCACAAGUUGGUGGGAGUUUGGAGGUCUGGUCGUGGAACCGACCAUAGACGCACAGGGUGAAAAGGUACGAUCGGCGGGAACCUGGUGUGUGUGUCCGCCCUUGCCUGGGUGCCGGGUUCACCGCGGAAGAAUGGUUGUAUCCGGAAUGGAGGGGUCACAGUCGGUGACCACAGAAGACAUAAAAGGGUUCACCCGAAAGCUAACUGUGAAGAACAAAGGUCUGUGUGAAUCAGAAUUUGCAUUCUCACUCUCUCUCUCCAACGGCAUAACAGCGAUUACUACGAACUGUACUAAGCUGAACUGAACUCUGCGUCACUUGAGACUGAUCAUUUUGCCCCUAGACUGCGAUAGAGCUUGUUUGAUUCCUAUUACCCUAGUUCUGUGUACAUGUGUGUUUUAUCAUUGCUAAUCUGUUGCAUUCAUAUCCUUACGAUUAGAGUACUGUGUUACUUAUUUCUUUAAUAAAACUUUCUUAG